GUUUCUAAGAUCGAUUUUUACUUCGUGUUAGGUAACAGAGAGAAGACCGCUCACCGGCUUAGGAGACAGAUUAUAAAGGGAGGCCGGUGUCCAUUAUGGACCACCAUCAGGAACUGUUCUACCCUUGAGCAAUGUAAUUGGGAUGUGGACUGUUCUGGUGCUCAGAGGUGCUGUAAGAGCACCUGUGAAACACGUUCGUGCCACGAGCCUAUACUUCCAAUCAGACCCAAUGAAGGUAACUGAGUUUUCACUUUCAAAUGGCAAGGAACGUUUCCCACUCCUGCGUUAUGUUUUGUUCUUGGUCUUAUAAAGAUUAUUAUUACGAAUAUGGAAAGGAGUCACUUCUAGUAGGAAAGGGUUAGAACCAUAGACUAUAGACCCUCUUAGGACAACCUUGGAGUGUUUGAUAAGUUGGUUUUGUGACAAUGUUUAAGUUUUAAAUUGAUGUAAUCUUUUACUUGUUUUAUUUGUUUGUUUUACCCGUUUUAGAUGCCUGUCCAAAAGACGAAGCAACGAUGGCAUCAAAUAAAGAAAAUUCUGACUGUAGACUGACAAGAACCAGAUUCUGUUUUAAAAGGAAUUGCAAAAGGUAAUAUUUGACCAAGGUAAUUUUAGAAUUUUUACGUCAUUUAAUACCUUUCGUCGCUUUAGCACAGUCGUUUUUAAGAGGCGGACAGUUUAGAACUCUUUUCACUUACGUUUUCUACAAAUCUCUCGUCCAAACUCUAAGCUUGAAAUCUGAAAUGCUUCCGGUCGCCUUUCGCCUUUCUCAAAAAAACGUCCCUAAUAUUUUGAUGAAAGAUAGCUAUUACUAAAACGUGACCUAGCUGUUUCAAAAAUAUUUGCCUCACUGGAAACGCAUAGGAUGUUUUUACGGAAUCUUAAUUCAUUUCAGGGAGACAUUGCACCAUAAAAUGAAUACUUGUCUGAAUGAUUAGCAAAUGAUAGGAUACGUCGCAUACUUAGCCGCUCCAAUGUCCCGCUAAUUUUGACCAAUUCCGAGAAUUUGCUCAAUGCCGUUCAUGUCAUUUCACUCAAAGUAAUUCCAAAUUUCCAUAAUUCGAGAAUCGUGCUUAUCUCGAGUGGUUUAUCCCCUUAAUUUUUACUUCUCCUUAAUUGUACCUUUUUAAGGAAUGUCAACAUGCGAAAACUUAGCUAUGUGCUUUACUUAAGGACCCUCUACUCUCGGCAUGUACACUUGUAUGCAUGUCGAAAGCAAGCGGGAGCUGCAGUAUUAUAAAGGCCAACUCACCACUGCAUUCUUUCGCGACUUUUCAAGCCGAUACAAUGGGUAAAUGCCUGUAGUCUUCAAGAAAAGUAAUGCCCAUAAGACAAUCGAAGUAUUACAAUGAUUCUUUUUUUUUUUUUAUAGAUGCUGUUUUCACCAUAGCACGUGCAACCCUCACCGCGAGCUUCUUAUGUCUAGAGAAGCGUGUCAAAAGGGUAAAUUCUGUUAGUUGGUUAUUUUAAAGCAAAGCAGCAAAUGCUUUUCGUUGUGGGGAAUUUUAUCCAGAGGCCUCUAAGGUGACACAACAGCAGAAAAUUUCCCUUUUUUUUCCCAUGCAGCGCAGGGGCAAGUGUUUUUUUCAGGGCAAAUUCUACUUUUGCAAAACAGACAAGCCAGCUCGUGAAGCUGGAUACCACUCAAAGUAGACAACAAAGUAAAAAGCGCGGUUCCUUAGCCAGUAUCGUUUCUUCAGGAAAGGAAAAGGCUUACAAGUUUGCUUUGUUAAACUUACUCGAGCAAGUGCCCUCAAAUUAAAUCAUUGUUUUGAUCUGAAAUCAAAAUCUAUCAGCUUGGAAUAUUUCAAUAAUAAUUUUAAAAGUCCUUUCAUAAUCAACGUGCCAGUUUUUCAGUCUCUCAGAGGAUGAUACUUUUUCUAUUGCACAGUUCUUUGUUCUCGGAGGAAAUGUGAAUACCCUGGGGAAGUUUGCAGGUUGGAUAGAUACGAUUCUCCCAGGUGUUCCUGUCAGUCUAAAUGUCCAACACCUCGCCCGGAAGAGUCAGUGUGUGGAACGGAUGGCAUACCAUACAAGAGUUAUUGUGAACUAAAUAGAACAGCUUGUAUUCUGGGGGCAAAGGAUAUCACCAUCUAUCACUAUGGAAGCUGUAAGCCAAGUAGGUAACUCGUGAAUUCAUUAGACAAAGCAAUAGCUGACUGAAGACAAGUGAUCAUUCUUAAGUACUUUUAAGCAAUACAAUUUAAGAGGAAUUCAAAGAAAUUAUGCAAACUUAUAAACAAACAAUAGAAAAAAAUGAAUCAGGCAAGUGGUCUUUGGGAGAAUUCUGGAAGGCAUUGCAAAAAUAAGAUUCAAAAUUAUGUCUACAGUUAUUUAAGAUUAGAUCCUUUGUGUGAUCAGAUGGGGUGAGGCUGAAAGUCAGCGCAGCGCAUAAAAGCAGGCAAGUACUUCCCGCUUAUGAAAAAGGAGAACUGAGAUGCCGCUUCGAUGGAGAACCUUUAAGCAUCACGUGGAAAAAGGUUGGGCUUCGAGGACUGCCAAACCGAAUGAUACCAGAAAUGGACAAGUUGAAUAUCCAGGAUGUAGACAUGCGCGAUGGUGGGAUGUAUAAAUGCCAGGCAUAUGACGGAUUUCUGACAGUGGAAGCCGAAAUAUCUGUCAUUGUCAACGGUAAGAGCUCACUCGAAAAAAUAUGCAGAAACCUUAUUUUCAGCGUGCCGAAGCGUUAACUAGUUGGUUAUCAUUUAAUGAGAAAAAAUGCACAAAAUGUUUCAGUCAAUAAACAUGUCACUUUGUCUUACUUUCUUGCAAACCUAUGACGUUUACAAAUGGCGGGUUUUAAUUUGUUUUCCCUCACUAUCGAAAAAGUGCUAUCGCUCGAUUGAUUGUCAACAAUGCUUCAAAGGAAAUAAAGGGCUCAACUAAAUCCUAGAAUCGCCUUGUUUUUUUUCUCCUCUAAGCGUAGGAAGAACAAACCAAAAACAAACGCUGCUUUCGGAUCAUCGUUUUAUUGAUAACUAUAAUCAUAUGGUCGCGUCACUUGUGUUGAAAUUAGUUCUGUAAUUUUUUUUAUCUUCAUCGAAGAAGUUCAGAUUAGCAGCUCAGUCAGCGUUUGUUUUAUACGUAGGUAAGCCUUGUUCCAAUUCUGUGAUACGACUAUUUGAAACUGCAAAGUACCAAGUUUCCGACCAGUUUUAUCUUUUUUCAGGGCCAACUCCUGCUAGCAACAGAAGCAGCAUGUCUCGUGCUGAUUGUUUACAACCCCGGAGCAACGGAUACUGCAAGAGGCACGGUGUUCGGUGGUACUUUGAUGGUAAAGAUGGUGUCUGCAGGUCAUUUGCUUACGGUGGAUGUGGUGGGAACACAAAUAAUUUCGAGACCCAGGAAGCCUGUAAUUCAGCGUGCAGUCAUGCGGGUAAUUUCUAGACAAAAGAAAUAUUUUGAACCAGAAAUCGUUAGAGUUACUGAGCGCUAUUUUGGAAUAGUUCCAUGACAAUAGAAAAUGUAGGCUACAAUUAUCUUGUACUUUAGAAAUCCUGGAUACCACGCGUCACCGAUGUGUCGAAAAAUAGCGCUAUGUUAGGCCAAAUAUGACUCUCCCCGAGGAAGUUUUCUCAAUACCUAACACUCGAUAUCUAAAACAGAAAACCAACGAAACGAAACAUUCUAGAUUUUUUUCGCCUUUCAUUAAUCAUCAUCGAAAUUGAUUGAAUUCCUCAAUCACAGCUCAGUGACGCGAGCUUUCAAUUCCUCUGAAUAUUUCACGCGUCCCGUGAUACGAUAGGUCCACUGCAUGAUGAACGAAAGCUCAAUACUCAUUUUUAACGAUGUAUUGUCGGUUUUCAUCAGCUUAAACUUUAAAUAAAUUUUGUUUUAAUAAUAGCUUUUUAAUGCUGAGCUUGCAUUAUAAAAUCAUCUUUCAUUGUACUUUGUAUCUUUUAUUUAUUUUUUUUAGCUGGUGAUAUCUGCAGUUUACCAAAGGUCGAGGGCCUUUGUAAAGGUUUCAUACCACAAUGGUUUUACAAUUCGGAUAGAGAGCGUUGUGAGCAGUUUGUGUAUGGAGGAUGUGGGGGCAAUGCAAACAAAUUUAACACCAAAGCGGCAUGUCUAAUGCGUUGUGCAGGUAAUUGAAACAAACAAACAAAAAGACAAACAAUCAGGCUAAGGGAAAAAACACUCGCUACAGCACUUAGUGAAAAUAGAUCCAGCUUCCAUUAAGGGCCAAUGACCCUUUGGAAGCAAGGAAAUAGGAGCAAGACAAUGUCACUUAUUCGAAGAUUUAGCAUCAUGAUAAAUAUAUAUCUAAUGUAAAAACUAUAAUUCCUCUUACUAUUGCUUACUUUUAGCGAAUCCCUCGGCGAACACCCCAUGUCUGCGACGUCAGUUUGAAGCCAGACGAAAUAAGCGUCUUGGAGUAUUUGUGCCGAGAUGCUUGUCUGACGGAAGAUAUGCUGGCGUGCAGUGUCACGGAUCGAUUUGCUUUUGUAUGGAUGAAGAAGGGGACGAAGUUUCUGGUACCAGAGUUAGCCGCCAUCUUCCGCUUAACUGCACGGGAACAAAUCAACUUCCGCCCGGUAACUUCAGGGUUAUUUUCUCUUCGAUGCCAUUGCUUGCUAGCGUGAGAUUUACAAUACACAAGUAACGAGAAAAAUCGAAGUAACUGACACUGUACUGUGUGCAAGUUCUCAUAAGUAGGGUGAAAUCAAUUAUACGAGUGCGAGUGUCUGGAUGCGCAUUUUUUAAAUUUCAUGAUGCGUUCAUUUUUCGCCUUUCACAGUUGGUGAUUCGACUCCAUGUCAGAAGGCCCAACGAAAGAACAGCGUUGUACCAUUUGGUUCUUAUCUGGUUCGCUGUAAGCAAGAAGGAAGCUAUGAAGAGGUGCAGUGUAAUGGAUCCUCUGGAUUCUGCUGGUGUGUGCAGAAAAAUGGUACCGAGCUUUCUGGGACCAAAACUAGAGGACCUCUCCUGUGUCCUACUUUAGGUCAGUGUAUGAAUUUAUCUGUAUUCGACGGAGAUAGAGAGGUAUUUUAAAUUCUAUGAUGCAGUCGAAAAUAUGACCGCAAUUGUAAGUUUUCAAACCUUUGCAUCUUGCAAUGUGGGUGGUUUAACAGACUCUAACCCGGUACCUUUUGAAAUGUUUGAAAUUUUUGGAGUUUGCGCGGCCUUCAGUGCUUUCUACUUUUCAUGUUCAUGUUUACAGAUAUCCGUUUGACACACUGUCAAAAAAAGUUCCUCGACAAUUCCAGAAGUCUGCAACCAAAUGUGGAAAUACCAAGAUGUCGGCCUGAUGGAAAAUUUCAGGAAGUUCAAUGUCGAGGAGAGAUGUGCUACUGCGUCGACGCAGAUAGUGGGAGAGAAGUGAGGGAUACAGAAAUAAAUACGUUAGUUGGGGAACCAAGAUGUGGCGAUGCUGGUAAAACAAUGUAUAAUUUUUCACAUUUCAAUUCAAAGAUUGGAAGCGAACGAUUGUGAAAUUACAUCGUCUGCUAAUCAGAGAAGAUAGUGCUUCACAGUGUAAAUCUCAGUGUGUACAAAAACAAUUACGACGCGCAUUUAUUGAGCAUCCGUUCCUUCUCUAAAGGUCGAGGUCUAACCCUUUGUCAACGAAUGCAUCGAGAGGUUUUACGCUCUCUUACCAAGAACACUCGAGUUCCACAGUGCAAGUUUGACGGAAGCUUUGAGGAGAUUCAAUGUCAUGGGCUCAGCGAUGAGUGCUGGUGCGUGGAUCACCUUGGCAUCGAGAUUACAGGAACAAGACGCAUGGGGCCUUUGCAAUGCGCAGGCGUAGGUUUGUGUAAAAGUUUGCUAUUUGAAUGCUAAGACCUUUCGUAUUUAUUGCUGACCACAAGCUAAAUUUUUUUCUUAAUUUAAAGCAGAAGAUCAUGAUUAUUUAAGGUUGUUGGUGGGCUGAUAAACCUAUCUGUGCUGAAGGUAAUCCUGGUAUUUUGCUCAAGUUUGAAAUUUGAAAUCGAAACAUUCCUUCCUACUUAGAAUUCUUUGUAACUGACCGAAUUCCCAACGGACUACAAUAGAAAUUAGUAAUCAAGCAUAUUUUAGAGGGAGAACUUGUCCCUUGUGCAAUUAGCAGUGGUCUUAAAUCUUCGAUUUUAGGUGAUAGUUGUUACGAAACCUAUUUUCCAAUACAUGGGAACUGAGUGCACUUUAUUAAAUUAAACUAGCCGGGUUGCUGUCUCCGACGGUCAGCGUCGACAUUUACGUGGGAUGUUAAAUUGCUUUCUCGCAAUCUUUCUAUAGGGAAGCCUUUGACACCUUGUCAAAUAGAAUACCAGAAGUACUUACGGCGUUCAUGGCAGUCCUUUAAUCGAUAUGCCCCGCGGUGUAGCCCUGAUGGGGCUUAUGAAAAAGUCCAGUGCUCAGGAGGAGUAUGUUACUGUGUCACUCCACAAGGGAAAGAGAUUCCUGGAACAAAAACUGUCAAUUUGGCCAGACAACCAAACUGCACUCACACAGGUAAUCCACGAAUAUGACAAGUGAACUGUGCUGCACCUUGGCCCGAUCGCAAUUAAUAAGAAUAGACGUUUCAGCUCAUGUCCUUAAUUCUCUCUCAGUGACUGAAAUUAAGUCAGCACAUUGAUGCUGUUAUCCGCAUUUAAUCCAUGCAAUAGCUCAGAUCUACACUUCAUUUUUAAAACCUCUGUGGCUUCUGACUUAAUAUAUACUUUUUUUUCUCUUUUUAUGACGGUUUCCAGAUGCUAAUAUUACACCAUGCGAGAGGAAACGUCGAGAUUCUAUCCAUUAUUCCAAGAAGUUUGUUCCUUUCUGUAAACCCGACGGGAGUUGGUCUGAGAUUCAGUGCGAACUGUCUUCGGGGAGCUGCUGGUGCGUGGACAGUGAAGGGCAUGAGAUAAUUGGCUCAAGAAGCACCAGCCUGAAAAGUUGUCCCAAUUUUGGUUAGUAUUGAAUACAGUUACGGUAUCCUCCGGUGUCUUAUUCUUUCCGUCGUACAAUUCCUUUUUCAAACCAAAUUUAACUGUGUUGUGUGAGAGGUUUUUAGACACACAGUCUUUCGACUCUGUUCUUAUUAAAUAUUUUGUCUUCUUAGUCCAAACGCCUGCUUGAAUGUGUAUAACCCCUUAGGGUUUCAGAACUGCAUGGCUACUAUCACCGACGUAUGUAUGAGAAGGCUUCGUCAAAGGCUUUUCAAACAUCUCCGUAUUUUUUAUUGACUUUCUCCUACCGGUUCUUUUAUUUGUCUUUUGAGCUUUAUCUGCGCGUUCAUACCUCCUAGAUAAACUCAGCCCUUGUAGAAAGAGAUUAGUUUACUGGUUAAAGAAUCCGCAUCCAGAUGAACAUCUCCCUUGGUGUCGUGCAGACGGUUCAUUUAAUCAUAUGCAGUGCUAUGGCUCUCAUUGUUAUUGUGUUAAUGAGAAAGGAAAUGAAAUUCCUGGAACCAAGAUCAGCGUGUCAGCGGGAAGACCUGUGUGCACCUUUUCUGGUAAGUGGCAUAAAUAGCUAUCGGCAGAUUGGCAUCCCUUAAUGUAUAUCUCCGAACGUCUUGGCACAUCUAAAAUAAAAAAUUUUUUUCUUUUUAAGGGGGUCGCGUGACUUCUUGCCAACGUAAGUAUCGCGAGGCUCUUUUGCAAUCCUUCCGACCUACCUUGGUCCCACGAUGCAAACUUGAUGGACGGUACGAAGAAGUUCAAUGUCAAGGCUCUACCAAAGAAUGCUGGUGUGUUAACCACGAUGGGAAUGAACGUCCUGGGACUAGGACAACGAAGCCUUUGAAAUGCCCCAUAAUAGGUAGUUGUUGUAGUACUUUCUUCGUAGCAACAUAAUAGUUCCCACAUGCAAGGACAGUAACCGAGAUUGACAUUUAUCAAAUGGAAGUUAACAAAAAAAUUUAGGAAGAUAUUUGUCUUAGAAGAUGGAAAUGUCGAUUUAGAUUGCAUUUUUUUUCCCCAAAAGAAUCUCGAAAGCUAAGACACCUGUUUUCCAUUUUCCUUUUACCUAAAUAUUUUAACCCAAACUGUGGACAUAAAAAUAUAAAAAUGAGUGACAAUCACACAUACGAUGACUGUUACCCCUGUAAGGCAAGAGAAAUUUUGAUAAUUGCUGUUACUUUUUGCCAACAGGAGCUCAAUUAUCUAAGUGCCAACGGCGAUACAGAGAGUAUGCUAAGAAUCCAAUUCCUGGUCAAUUGAUCCCUAGAUGUAGAAACGAUGGAUCUUUCGAAUCCGUGCAGUGUCGAAAUCUUGACUGCUAUUGCGUCGAUGAAAAUGGAGACCCGAUUGCGGGAACUUCUUUACCUGCUAGGCUUGGAAAGCCCAAAUGUCGCCUUCCAGGUUUGUCCCAAGCUGUUUCUGUUCGUUAAGUUUGAAUUUCAAUUAAGUUACCAUUUAUGGAAUAUUUGCUGAUUACAAUGAAAAACAUGGUUGAGUAGUGACUUUGUAAUUUCGUUUCUUUUGGAAAGGUGAAGAUCCUCUUUCGUCCUGUCAAAAACAACAUAAGGCUGCUCUUAGAUUCCCAGCAACACCCUCCCGCUUCAUUCCUGCCUGCAAACGCGAUGGCAGGUUUGAAGAGAUUCAGUGUCUUCGAGCCACAGGUGAAUGUUGGUGUGUGGACGCUUCUGGAAAGGAGAUGAAAGGAACAAGGACCACUGGCUACAUAAUUUGUCCAUCGUCAGGUUUGAAUUUUGUUUGGAUAUCUAAAUACAUAAUCAGUCCCUUGCUUUAAAGUCUUGGGGACCUUGUUACAAGUACUUCGAAAGCUGAUAACGAGUAGAGUAAAGUAGAGUAGUUUUAAUCACCUUUCCUCCUUGGAGGGUAUUCUGAGUCCAUUUACAACACUUUUCAGUGGGCUUUGGCCAGACCGCAUCAAGCAGUUUACAAUUUUUUGAAGGAGUGAUUAUAACAAUGAGUCUGUUGCAUUUUGUAGCUGCUUCUCUUACAUCAUGUCAAAUGGAAUAUCAGGAGAGACUCAGAAGUUGGCUUUUACCAGGUCCCUAUAUUCCUCAGUGCUCGCAUCAAGGACAAUAUGAGCCCAUGCAGUGUUAUGAAUCGUAUUGCUUCUGUGUCAAUGAACAUGGAGUGGAAUUGGUAGGAAGCCGAGUGGAUAAAACAGAAGGAAAACCAAAUUGCAAUGAUGGAGGUAACUACUUGACGAAGUUUUGCCAACGGUAUUCAACUAAUUUACUAAAAAUCUCCAAAAAGCAAGAAGACUUCAAAAAUGGAAAAGAAAAUUAGAAACUUGGAAAGUUACGAAGCGAGGUUCACCACAGUAGUAGGGUCUUUAUUUUAAACUUCAAUUUAUAAAUCAAUCUUGCUGCAAAAAUCUACAUCAGUUAACUAAAAUAAUGGUUUAUGGUUACUUAGAUAGUUAAUUCGUUCUUCAAAUUUCAGUUUCUACGUUGACGGUGUGUCAGAAACAGUUACAAGACUAUUUACGGAAUCCUAUGCCUGACGGUUUCGAACCGCACUGUAGUAAGACUGGCGCCUUCCAAGAAAUUCAGUGCCAUGGUCCGUUUUGUUUUUGCGUCAAGCGAGAUGGGAUCGAAGUACCAGGGACGAGACAAAUUCUGGUGAUGGGUAAGCCAGUCUGCUCAAAGCAAGGUAAUAUCCUAAAAAAGGUAUUUUAAGUUUUUGAUUUCAUUAUUUUCUCUAUGCCGAUUCUUUGACCGUUAUAUCAUAGUUAUAUAUGCGAUUUUUUUUGUCCAAUGUUAGGUUUCUCAUUGACAAGGUGUCAAAAGCAGCUGCAGGAAGCAAUAAACCAUUCGCAAGAUCCUGACAAAUUUUUGCCUCGAUGUAAAUACGACGGUAGUUACGAAGAGAUACAAUGCCACAAGGCAACUGAGAAAUGUUGGUGCGUAGACCGAGACGGAAACACACUUCCCUCUACAGCUACAAAUAAAAACGUCACGUGCCCAUCUACAACUGGUGAGAGCAGAGAUUUAUUUCCGAUGCGGUAUAUUCUUCUUUAGUGAUGCAAAUGUAGCUGAUGUUCUAACUGUAUUGGAUACAUGUAACAGUUUGCGCUUUUCAUAUGUUUUUUUUUAAUUAUAUUUUUUCGAAGACACUAAAUCAUCCUGCUGGAGUCGCUAUCAACAAAACGUCAGAAGCAGUCCGGCUGGUUCUCAUAUUCCAUGGUGUAGAGCUGAUGGAAGUUUCAUCCCUUUCCAAGUCCAGGCGUCUCAGUUUUUUUGUGUAAAUAGAAGAGGAGAGGAACUUCCCGGCAUGAGUGUUGACAUUAGCCUAGGAAAACCAGAUUGCCGAGCUGCAAGUGAGUGUUUUUAAGAAUUACGAUGAAACGAAAAGAAGAAAAUGAAGCAAAAUUGCAUACUGCUAAUUCGUCGUAAGCGUCUAGUGGUUAGAGUUCUCUGUGGCUCAGUGGUAAAGCAUCGGAGCGUGGAAGGCGAACUUCCGUAGUUGUAUUCAGCUUAAAUAUUCAGAUUUAUUCCUUGUCUCAAGUUGGGGACAAACAAAUGAAAUCGAGUUUUAGCGAUUCAUUUUGUAAGUUCAUCGUGGUCCGAUGCUAACCCUUCCGCUUCUAAGAAAAAAGUAUGCCACAUUAUCCUCAACAAGUUAUAUUCUAUAAGAUAGCAGGGCGAGCCACCAGUGUAAUGGCAAACGUUUAUUUAAAAUUGGUUUAACUUGCAGCAACCCACGGAUUCAUAGCAACACCGUGCCAACGUGAACGCGCUCGUCGCACCCAUCUUUCUUCAUACGUUCCCCGUUGCCGGGUUGAUGGCACCUAUGAUGAAGUACAAUGUGAUGUAAAGGAUGGUCAGUGUUGGUGCGUGGAUCGAGAUGGUAGGGAAAUAAACGCUACCAGAGGUGAAGGUGUUAUUCGUUGUCCAACUAAAGGUGAGGUCGAUCGUUCACUCAGUCAGUCAGGCAAUUAGUUGAUCUUUCACUCAGUAUGUCAGGCAAUCAGUCGAUCGAUCGAUCCAUCGAUCUGUUACUUAGUCGGUAAGGCAAUCAGUCGAUCAUUCACUCGGUCAGUCAGCCAAUCAGUUGAUAUGUCAAUUGUUAGAUCGUUCAGCUAAUAGUUAGAUCGUUCAGACAAUUUACUUCUUCUCUUUUUACGCUACUUUAGACCACCAGCAGGUUUUUCCACUAACGAGCAAAUUUUCAUUUUACGUGCCUCUUGUCAGACGGUGUCUUUAGAAUAAAAUUGGAAUUAUAAUUAACAUACUGCUAUUUAUAGAAAGUCUCACACUUUGCCAAAAGCGUCAAAAGGAAGCCAUCAAACGAUCCUCAAAUGGACCCAACAUUUGGAACUUCGUGCCGAGAUGCCGUCAAGAUGGUGGCUUCCACGAAGUCCAGUGUCAUGUGGGGACAGGCCAGUGCUGGUGUGUGGACAAAAAUGGAAAUGAACGUUUUGGGACAGUGGCGGGGGGAUUGCCUAAUUGUUCAGGUAUGCAAGAAACCGAAAAAGGAAAAAAGAUGACUCGUCGAUGCCACUAUCUGGAAACUUAAAACGAUGGUCAUCAAUAAUUUGAGAAUAUUGGGAAUGAAGCAGUUAAGCUCUGAUCAGAACUUUUGUUGAUUUUUAGCUCAAUGAGAAUCGAAUUUUGUUCUGUUCAUUAAAUAUAUAUAUAUAUACCUUCAUUGAAUAUUUUUUUCAUUAAUACCACUCAUCUCAAAUAAACAGAUUUAUUGAUUUAAGGGAAAAUUAGACGGUAAAUUGGUCCCUAUCUUAACACACUGAUGAAAAGCUAGGAGUCUUAAUUUGUUAACUAGGAAACUUCACUACUUGUCAGCGUCAAAGAGCACGAGCACUUGGUCUGGCGGGGAAUCCACUCCCUGGUGCGUACGUUCCGCACUGUAAACCCGACGGCAGUUACAAUGACGUACAGUGUCAUGCUUACAUUGGUCUUUGCUGGUGUGUUGACGAGAAAGGGGAUGAAAUACUGGGAACUAAGAAGUGGGGGCGUCUUAGUUGCGUUAGAUCCUCAUCAGGUGAAUAUUCCAUUAAAACAUUCUAUAGGUUAAUUAUUACCGAUGUAAUAAUUCUCCCCAAAUAUGAAAGGACGACAAACAUCAUAGAUACAAAUUUUCUUCUAACCUCGCCGAGAGAUUCCUGAUAGUAGUUUAACCUUUCGACAAGGUACGUAAAUGUGAGGAAGUUUUAUGUGUUAUGAAAAGCUUGUAUGGCAAAUAGAGGAAGAACUUCUUCACUUAAAUGGCUUAUCUUCUCACCUUUCAGACAACUCAAAUCCAAUCGAUCUUGGCAUCUUGAUUGACUCUUCGGACUCAGUAGCAAAGAAAUAUUGGCCAAAGAUGUUAGAGUUUGUGUCUACGAUCGUGGAUUCCUUCGACAUUUCUGCCGGAGGAACACAUGUUGGACUAAUUGUAUUCAGUCGCGAUGCGGAAAUACCUCUGUAUUUUAAUACUCUACAAGGAAAUAACCUAACUGCCGAUAACGUGAAGAAAUUUGUUAGUAAUCUUAAGUAUAUGGAGGGUUGGAGUCGUUUCGAUCUGGCUAUGUCAGUUGCUGAAGACGAGUUAUUCAGCGGGGCGUCCGGAAUGAGAAACGGAAUACCUAAGGUGAGCAUGAGCAUUUAUUUUAGUGCGAGUGCACAGUGUUCAAAGUUCUUGGACUGUCACACGCCUUUCUCUAUUAGUGAUACCAAUUCAGCAUCAGACGUAACGAUCCUAAUCAGGAUUGUCACUCAGCGUAAGGAGCAAAGUGGUCUUGUUCAUUUGGCCUCCUUUUUCCUUACUUUUUUUAGGUGUGAUCAUUAUAUUUUGAGUCACAUAUGUUUGUUUUCGAUCAAUAGAUCUUACUUGUCUUAACAAGUAGUACACAGGAAAGAAAUCAAGGACCCACCACACCACUGCCAGCGGCAUCGCAGGGUCUUAUGGAUAGGGACGUGUCGAUAUAUGUGAUCGGCGUUGGGGACAAAAUAGAAGUCCCCGAGCUACUAGAUUUGGCCUCAGAUUACAGGAAUGUAUUUGUCACAAGUAACUUCAACACCCUUCUUUCCAGUGGUGUAGAAGUAACAGCCAUAAUGAGAAAUGGCACCGUAGCUGUUUCAAGAAGUAAGUUCUUUAAGGAUUAUUUCAGAGCAAAGUUUGGAAUUUCUGAUGUCUGAAUAACUUUUAACUUAACUUUUUACUUAACACGUGGUGCGUGUGAGGUUAAGGCUCGCGAUGGUGAUUUUGAAUUGAUAGUUUUGACAAUGGUAAUUGUCUCUAGAGUGCUGAUAUAUAUAUAUUUUUUUCACAUCUCACACCCUUUUAGACAGGAUUUGUAAUCUGCCUUCGGAGCCUGGUCAACUUGGCUGUCUGGCAUCGAUAACUGCACAUUACUUUGAAGCCAGCCUAGGAGAAUGUCAAAAAUUUAUUUAUAGUGGAUGUGGGGGAAAUGCCAACAACUUCCCAACCUACAAAAAAUGCAUGGAUAAUUGUAAAGGUAGAUAAAUGUCCUCUCAGGCUUCGAGUUUAAGGUUACUUCCAACGAUGAAAUCUGUUAAGAGACAUAACGGAGAAUUCUAAAACUGAAGCUUUUUAUUGUUCCAAUCGCUUUCGACGUAUAGAGCUGAAUUCUCAUAAUCUGAGUGUUUGUCUUGUUGGCAACACAUAUGAGUUUAGAAACAUGUCCAUUCACAACGUAAGAACACAAUAUUAGACGAUACCAUCGCCACAAAGCAACAGGUGUGGCAACACCAGCGCGUAGCAUAUUCCAUAUGGAAAUGGAAAUUCAAUUUUUUCAAGAAUAGGUAAGAAGAUAUGGCCAGAAAAAUAAAUCAAUUAUAAAUAAUAUUGACGACCUCUUCUUUACUUGAUAUAAAGCGUUAAAAUAAAUCUUUUCAAUUCAGAUGUCCUUCCUUCCUGUCUUGCCGAGCAGAGACGUGUCCUUGGUUUGCAAGUGGGUCAUUUCGUUCCCAAAUGCAAACUAAAUGGUAGAUAUGAAAGCAUGCAGUGUUACCGAAAAACAGGCUUUUGUUGGUGUGUUGACGAGUACGGUAAAGAGUUGCAUGGAACCAGGGUCAAAGGAACCCCUAUUUGCAGCAUGGCCGAUGGUAAGCUGAGUACGGGUGGUGAUAUAAAGCAUGCCCUACAUUAGGUCCGCUGUCUUAUGUUAUCGCUCUCAACACCUCCAUACAGAUAAGCACUGAAAAGACUGAAAAUUUGCACCUGUACGACAGAUAUGGGUUUCAGAGUUCUCAAGUAUUUCCUCAACCGAGCGUUCUUUUAUUGAACACUUAGAGUCUAAAUUAAGUUUGGAAACCCGACGUCACGUGUUUAAUGCAGUAUCGAUUUGGGCCCUGGUCGGGGUUCAUUAGUUGAAAGACAGUCCUACAGUAUUUUCAAUACUUUUUGUAUUAACAUCAAUUCAUGCCAUUUCCCUUCAUCAAGCGUCCAGAAAAUUAACUCCUUGUCUUGAAGAAAGAAGAAAAGCCUUGGGUUUUAGCGGCGUUCCAUCUAUCGGAAAAUUUGUCCCAGAAUGUAACCCGGAUGGAGAAUAUGCAGAAGUACAAUGCUUUGGAAACACCAAGUUCUGUUGGUGCUCAGAUAAAAGAGGAUACGAGAUUCAUGGUACACAUCGCUGGGGUACUCCGAAAUGCCCAUCCAGAGGUGAGUGGAAAAGUGAUGGGCGGUUUUUAUCUCACAUCUGUUUGGAUAGUCAGUAAAUGCCGUGUGCGCUUUUUUCCAGUUCAUCGGGGAAUAUGUCCAUUCGUAUCAGACCCGAAGAAGUGUCCAGCGGAAAUGAGUGAACAGACAUGUUCACAAGACAGUGAUUGCUCCGAAUCUUCUAAAUGCUGUUACUGUGGUUGUGUACGGCGUUGUACUCCUAUUUUAUCAGAUGAACCAGGUGACUAAAUGACUUUUAAAAUCACCAUUUGAUUUCUUUCUAGUGCUUAAUUUAUAGGUCACGCUAGUAAACGGUUAGAAAGAUUUUUCGUUGUCAUAUUGAACCCUUUUGUUCCUUCCUUACGGCUGUUUUCAUGUGGUAUUCUGAAUCAUGUAAUUCUAAUGCAUUAUCGAUCUUGUUUACUCACCGGUAGAAGUAUCAGAUUGUGCCCUUGAAAAUGAGAAGUCGCUUUCAGCGGCAUGCUCACACGUCCAAGUUAGUGGCCGUUUCCAUCCAAAAUGCAAGGUUGAUGGUAGUUACGAGGGUUCUCAGUGUCUUGAGUCUAGUGGUGUCUGCUGGUGUGUUGAUAGAGAUGGAAAUGAAAUCCCGGGAACUAGACAAACUGGAAAACCCAACUGCACCAUGCCAGGUACUGUGACAAAACUAAAAUAAUUGCUACAAUUUACCAAAUUAUGCAACAGGAAGGGCCCUUUUUGCAAGAGUUACUGUUAUUUUCAAUUAUUUCCUUUUUGAAGUUUCUUUGACACCGUGUCAGAAGGAAAACAAGAGGGCUGUAACUAUGCGCAGUAGAACAGUGGUCGGAUUGAUUGUGCCAAGAUGUCUAUCAGAUGGUUUGUUUGACCCGGUACAGUGUAACAAUAACACUGGAUUCUGCUGGUGUGUUGACAAGCACGGAAGUGAACUAGUUGGGACUCGGCAGUGGGGAAGACCAAACUGUACUGAUAUAGGUAUGUCGAUUGACAACUUACUACCAUGGAUUAAAUAUGUGACGUGUCGUAGUGGGGGGAGGGGGCUGCAUGCAUUUUUACCUCUUUGAACCGCUUUUUUGUGUCCUAUAGACCGUGGAGGGACUUGUUUCUCGAUACUUUUGCACUACAGUAUUCCAAAAGAUGUUGCUUUGCACCUGAAAUUACACGGGGAGUAUAUCAUCUGGGCCAUAGAAAUGGAUCUUUUUUCGAAAAGGUGCCAGCCUCAGCCAGCAGACACGAUUAGCAUCCCAUCAUUAUCAACUUCAUCGUCAUCAUUGUCAUCAUCAUUAUUAUCUUUAUCAUUGCAAUUGUCAUCAUGGUCAUAUUAUUUUCAUCUUUAUUAUUAUCACUAUUAUUGUUAUUAUAUGAUAUAAUCUCCUAACCGAUUUUCAUUUAUAUCUGUUCCCUAACAGAUAAGAGAGUUACUGUUUGUACCUCCCGCCGGGAAGAAUGUCUUGACAACGCCCCACGCGGACAUUUUGUUCCCCGCUGUAAGGCUGAUGGCUCUUUUGACGAUGUGCAGUGUCUUCAAGCAACAGGGGAAUGCUGGUGUGUUGACACAAACGGGCAAGAAAUACCGGGGACCCGAUCUAUUGGGAAGCUGGACUGCUCUGUAAUUGGUAAGCAGAGGCUGGAUUGGUGAGAUAUAGAAGGAAAUUUGAAGGUUCUAGGUUUACCAGGUCUAAUUUUGUUAUUAAUCAAGGUUGAGCAGGUGAUGCAUAAGAAACUAGUAGAGUGCUUAGCUCGCAGAUGCUUCCUGUAACUUAACCAAGUAGCGAACUAUCUUCAGCUUCUACAUAUCUCAGUUACCCAAUUUUUUUUACCCGUGUUUGGCGCAAAUGAUCUCAAGAAUUUUCAUUGACGUGGCGAUUUGCAAAAUCAAAUGGACUAUGAGAACCUAUUAGCACGCUUAUUUUGAUCGCUCUCGAAAAAUUUUGCUUCUUUUCGCGCCAGUCGUGAAAACACAAUAAUACUUGUUGAAGAAGAUUGCUCGUUUUAGACACCAAAACCAAGAGAACUACUAUUUGAGGGGUUGGUUAAUCCGAUUGCAAAAGUGUAACGGCAUGAUCUUAUUUUACCAAAGCCUGGCUGAGUCCGUGUCAAAUCCAGCGUCGUCAAGCUCUGGGUCUUAAAAGCGUACCAACUGUGGGAGUGUAUGUCCCUGAAUGCAAGGCCGAUGGAGGCUUCGAGGCAGUCCAGUGUAACAUGGCAGCAGGGUACUGCUGGUGCGUCGAUGAGAGUGGCACUGAAGUAAAGGGGAGUAAAGUUAGAGGCAGACCCAGAUGUGGUAAGGCCAUUUACAAUUCAAGGGGCUUAGAAUCCCAUGUAAACGAGAAAGCCUUUUUGUGGCUACUGCCUCCUAUAGGAAGCGAAGCCAGAUAUGUCGCCGGAAUGAGUGAUUGAAUUAGUGAUAGUAACAACAGAAUUCCGAUCUUGACCCAAGAAGAUGCUAAACAUCUCACAAUAAUUUCAGGAUGGCGCUUGAAAAAAGGAAAGGCUUUCCUUGCAGAAAUAUAUUAAAGGUGUGAUUGACGUGUCAUGAAAACUUAAAGGAAAAUAUUUUCUUUGAGGAGUAGCAUGUUACCGUUUGCAUCAGCAAAUUUAGCCAAGAAGAUCCGAAGAUAUAAUUUUUUCGUUUCUUGCCGUGACACAAAAAAGAAAAAUAAUAAUAAUUCAGAGGCAAAAUUAAACGAAGCAUAGUUAAAUCAUUAUUGGAGCACAGUGGAUAGACCGAAACGGAAAUAGUGAAGUUCUUGAGCUAGCGCCUGUAAGUUAUCAUUACUAUUUUUAUCAUUAUUAUCAUUAUUAUCAUUAUUAUUAUUAUUAUUGUACUAUUAUUAUUAUUAUUGCUAUUAUCAAAAUACAAUUGAUAAAAUUAAUAUACGAAAUUUCAUAAAAAUUCAAAAUCAUGUAUAAUACAAAAGUAUUUAGCUUGAAAAUGUCCCUUAAAAAAAAUUUAGAUGCCCGCAGUGGCGACGCAGUCUAAGGAGUGUUCUAUCUUGCUGUGAAAAUGCGUUCGUCGACCUCUCACGCAUGCGUGUACCGAUCUUAGAAGUUCGAAAGAGAUUUGUGUCCUGAGCCAUGCGAUAACGGUGCUAUACGGCUCGGUGUCCUUCUGAGCUAUCUUAUCUGCAAGAUGCUUCAUGAAACGCUGACACUCAUUUCCCAUUCCGCCAUUGGUUCCAAACACUAAAGGUGUGAAUGAACCCAUCUCUACAUCUAGCACCCACUGCAGGUACUCGCGUUUCUUCUCGUCCUCUUGCUCCUUGAAUACUUCAAAUGUUGUCUUGUUCUGGUAACACUUAGAGGUAACAUGCGUAACUCUUACAUCGAAAAAUGCCGUAACUCCUCUUGACCAGAAACCUCCCGCUUUGAUGUCUAAUCUUGCCUCAGAGCUUGUGACGGCACUUCUCAAAUGCAGCCGUUCCUUGUCGAGGGGUUGAAGGCGUGGUUCAAUUUCCAUAUUGCUGCGGACCUUAUUGAUGAAUGCCUUUAAUAAAUCACGGACACCAUCAUGUCUCUGUGCUACAAAGCCCCCCUUUUUACAUGAGGGGGCAUAGCCUACAAUAAAUUUAUCCCCACACACACAUAGACAUGGUAGAUGGACUACUUAUUGCUAUAAUUAUUGUUAACAUGAUUAUUUGUUACCUCUUUAUUAUUGUUUGAGUUACAUGUGGUCACUAUCUUCUUGAAUCAUCUUUCUCUUGGUACUCAUAACAAACGUAGGGUGAGGCAGGUUUUUUGUUUCUCUCAAAUGUUCUGCAACACUACUUUCUAGCAUUUUAAAACAUUUAGUUUUUUUUCAAUGCCAGAAAAGUUGUUUUAUAUCAUUAGCCGCAUACAGUCUUACUCUGCCUAUUUAAAAUUUUGGACACUAGUGGUUGAUUUCGCAUUGUAGACCCUAGUGGUCGAGUCUGGAUUUUGGUCACCAGUGGUCAAUUUUGGACGCUAGUGUCGGAUUUUGGAUUUUGGAUUUUGGACACUAGUGUCUUAUUUGGAUUUUGGACAUUAGUGGCCGAUUUUAGAUUUUGGACAGUGGUGGUCGAUUUUGGAUUUCGGACCCUGUUGGCCGUUUGAAAUUUUGGGCCCGAAUGGCUGAUUUUGGAUUUUGGACCCUAGUGGCAGAUUUUGGAUUUUGGACACCAGUGUCCGAUAUUGGAUUUUGGAAACUAGUGGCUGAUUUUGAACCGUAGUGGCCGAUUUUGGAUUUUGAACACUAAUGACUGAUUUUGGAUUGUGGAGAUUAGUGUCUGAAUAUCGAUUUUGGAUACAGAUGUCCGAUUUUGGAUUUUGAACCCUAAUGGCGGAUUUUUUAUUUUGAACACUAGUGUCCCAAUUUGGACUCUAGCUAAUGUCUGAUUUAGGGUUUUGGACCCUAAUGGCCGAUUUUUGGAGUUUGGAUUCUUGUGGCCGACUUUGGAUUUUGGACCCUAGUCGCCGAGGUUGAUUUUAGACUUAAAUGUCCGAUUAUCGAUUCGUGGCCUUCGAUUUUGGCAACAUAGGUCACAUAGUAAACAUAGGUCACAUACAAAUGGAAUUGCAAUAAAAUAAGGAAGAUGUUUAUAAUUAACAGGGAAAAUUUAAAUAAACAUAGCUUUAUCAUUAUUAGAGCCUAGAAACAGGGAAACCGUGAGGCUUUGGAGCUGGGACCGCUAAAGUAUUAUUAUAUUACUAUUGUCAUCAUAUUGAUAAUUGUUAAAAUCAUGUCUCUCUUGUGGAACAGCGUACUCAUAAAUAUAUGAGAUGCAGCAGGUUUUCUGUUCCGCAUGUCACUUCAUAUCUUCUGCAACACUACCUUCUAGCGUCAUUAUACAACUUUUAGUUCUUUCCAAUGCUUUAAAAAUUGUGCUCUAUCAGUAGCCACAUGCAGUCUUGGGCUGUCUAUUUUUGUUGUUGUUGUUGUUGUUGUUGGCGAAUUGCCGACACACAAAUUUUUUAAUCGUCCUGUCUCGGUCAUACAAACUUUGCGCUGCCUUUGUAGCUAAGUUAGAAAGAUAUCUGCUUAUUCCUUGGGGGUUAAAUUCAAGCUCAAGCGAAAACUCCUCCUCCCACUGCCCCCUAUUUGAUAGAGAAAUUUCUCAUCUUGAAAAGUUGGCAUCUCUUUAAAAAAAGUACACUUCCUCAGCACUAUAAUUUUUGCCAUGAGAUAGACCGUCAACGCGGCGCAUUUGGAUGCCUUGAAAUCUGCUCUCUUUUAUCCUUGUUUUAAUUCCUCAAGGAAAAGAAAAAUUGUGCAAGAAGAGGUUCGACGAGAUACUGUCAUCCUUCCCUGCAACUCCUUUGGGUUUGUUUGUACCGAAAUGUUUAGAUGAUGGUGGUUAUCGAGCUAUUCAGUGCCAUAACUCUACCGGAUACUGUUGGUGUGUGGAUGACUUCGGGAACGAAUUAGCUGGAACACGAGUUAGAGGACAGCAGAAUUGUUCAGGUGAGUCUUGUGUUUUUUUUCAAAGUUGACAUAUUUUCAAAGGAUCAUCAAUUUUUAUUUUUAGUUACGUUCUUCAUAUUAUUAUGAUAGCAUUAUCCACCACCCUAUAACGAUUUGUACUGAGAAAAUCUGAAUCAUCAGUUUUGUAGGAUCCUAUUUCUCACAACGUUGCCUUAUUCAUGAAAAUCGGGUCAAGGGUAACUCUGUCAGUCUGUGGGGGUGGGGGAAGGUGACUUUUACGGAUUUAAACUUUAAGUUGGCUUAUCUGAGGAAAAUUCUAAUUGCUCUGAAGGCGUUAUUUGAACUCAUUUUAGCUGAUCCCAUGUCUAGCUAACUUUUUAGUAUCUUCACCGAAGUUUUCCAGAAAGUGCUUUCAACAUAACUUUAAUGUUGUUCGUGUAUGUUCGGGGUGUGGCCAUAAAACUGACACCUCCCUACAUCCUCUCUAGCCUCCACAGAUCAAAAAUUUACCUUGUGUCAAAGCCGCUACAACCACGCCUCCGAGAUAAACGAGCAUGGUCGGCCCGUGCCACUCUGUAAAACUGAUGGAUCAUUUAAAACAACCCAAUGCAACUCAGUGACCGGAGAGUGUUGGUGCGUUGAUGUGGAAGGAAAUGAGAAGCCCGAAACCAGAAAAGUUGGGGAUCCACACUGCGAAUCUAAAGGUAAAUUUAAUAGCUAUCAAUUACGAAUUUGUUAGGCCAGAGCUGUAUUACCUUUAGGCGUACAUAGUUGCCAAAAUAUGAAGUGCAGUAGUCCUGCAGAUUUACUCAGAAUGCGUGAACGUCCCGCUUGACCUAUUGUUUGAAGUCGUGAAAUGUCUGUCAAUUAUAGAUGUUGAGACGAACUGCCAGCUUCUGCCAGACCCAGGACCAUGCGAAGAGUUUGAGCCGUCUUGGUUCUUCAACAAGACUAGCGGAGUGUGCGCAGUAUUUACUUAUGGAGGGUGCAAAGGCAACGCCAACAGAUUUACUAGUUAUGAUGAGUGUCAAGCAGAUUGCCAUGGUACGUAAAAUGUGACAGAACUUACUUAGUAAUGAUAUGCAUUCAGAUCAAUUUUGCCUUUGUGAACGAUAAAACUACAUACGACAGGAUCAAUAAUUUUUCAAGAUUGAUUUACUGAUAACUCGAUUUUAGCUGAUGCUGUCUUACGCCUUUAUCAUAUAAUAUGCCUCUCUUCGUUUACAAGCAUAUCUUUGGAAUUUUUAAGACAGAACAAUAAAUUAAGAAAAAUCAAUUAACAAAAUCAAUGAAACAAAUUUCUAUCUUUAUUUUCAGGUCGGAAUUUAACUUUCUGUGAAUUGCAGCGCGAGAUAAACACCGCGAGCUCCAACGGUUUCAUUCCUCGCUGUAAAGAUAACGGGGAUUUUGAGCCUUUGCAGUGUCAACGUACAUUAGGCGAGUGCUGGUGUGUAGACGAGUCUGGCAUAGAGUUGCCUGAUUCUCGAACGGAUGGCUCGCCUGAUUGUAGCGGAAUAGACGGUAACAUUUUU